CAAUAAAUUGUAAACAAAUCAACUUCCUGUUAAAAUGUUAAAAACAUUGACACUUGACUGACUUGUAUAGAUUCAUAACUGUGUCGACUUUUAAAAGAUGGCAGACGAUAUAGAAGAUGUGUCAUUCCUCCCAGGUGAUACUUUGAACAGGAAGUCAUUAUAUGAGCCUUCCCUCCCACAAAGAUGUCGACAGUUAAUAUGCACUAAAGGAAAGGCAACAGCCAUAAUAGUAGGGAUGGGAAUUUUCAUCCUCCUGGUGGCUCUAAUUGCUGCAUUUGCAAGAUCAGGUUCCAGAACCUGUGAUGGUCAAACUACAGAAUCAGUGACCCCAAACGCUGCACCAGUUGAAGAUUACAUUGCCACAAAUGGUGAAAAGUUCCCAUGGAGGAAUAUUAGACUCCCACCUUCAAUUUCUCCCGUGGAAUAUGAUAUUUAUCUCCAUCCUAAUCUUACUCAAAAAAAGUUUUCAGGGGAUGUGACAAUUAAGUGCCAAGUCUUAGAGAAAACAGACUUUGUAGUUUUACAUUCCACAGAUUUAGUUGUCACACAAGUGUCAGUGAAAACCCUACCGGACAAUGACGAAAAGAAAAUAACCAAACAGUUGGAGUACACAAAAAACGAGCAGAUCUACCUGAAAUUAGAGUCAAGUGUUUCUUCUGGGGACAAAAUACUCAUAAAAAUGCACUUUGAGGGGAAAUUGAUCAAAAAGUUAUCAGGCUUCUACCUUGGUACAUAUACAGAUAGCCAUCAAGUCAUAAGAUAUCUUGCCUCCACGCAGUUUGAGCCCACAGCCGCUCGCCAAGCAUUCCCAUGUUUUGAUGAACCUGCUAUGAAGGCCAAAUUUUCCAUGUCCAUUGUGAGAGACAAAGACUAUAAGGCCCUGUUCAACAUGCCACUCAUAUCCUCCACCCCCACCAACGGUCUAAUGCUGGACAAGUUUCAGCAGAGUGUCAAGAUGAGCACCUAUCUAGUGGCCUUUAUUGUGUGUGACUUUGAUUCCAUCACAAAUAAGACCAAAGCUGGUACUAAUGUGACUGUAUGGGCCCCAAAGGAUCAGAUCAGCCAGGCUCACUACGCCCUUCAAGUAGCAGUGAAUGUCCUGGACUGCUACAAUAAGCUGUUUGAUAUUCCUUAUCCACUUCCGAAACAAGACUUGGUGGCUAUUCCUGACUUUUCAUCUGGAGCUAUGGAGAACUGGGGCCUGAUCACUUACAGAAUGACAGCAGUGCUGUAUGACCCCGUACACUCCUCUACAAGGGACAAGGAGUGGGUAGCUAUUGUGGUGGCCCAUGAACUCGCUCAUCAGUGGUUUGGUAACCUGGUCACUAUGAAGUGGUGGGAUGACUUGUGGCUGAACGAAGGCUUUGCUACAUUCGUGGAGUACCUAGGAACAGAGUCGCUCAAUGAAACCUGGAAAAUGGAGCAGCAGUUUUUUGAGCUGACGUUGUCCCCAGCCCUAACAUAUGACAGUGUGAAGAGUUCCCACCCCAUAGCCACACCUGUCCACAACCCAGACCAGAUCAAUGACCUCUUUGACUCCAUUUCUUACUUCAAGGGAGCCUCUGUCAUUCGAAUGUUGAAGACUUUUCUCGGAGAGGCAGAUUUCAACAAGGGCAUCAGCAGCUACCUUAGGAAGUACAGCUACAGUAAUGCUGUCACUGCCGAUUUGUGGCAGUCUUUAUCAGAGUCUUCGUCUCAGAAAAUAGAUGUUAAGGCUGUAAUGGACACUUGGACCCUGCAGAUGGGAUAUCCUGUCAUCUCAAUCAGUAGACAGGGAUCAAGGGUCACCCUCUCUCAAAGCCGCUACCUCAGCUUCCCAAACUCAGUCAUAAAGGAGGAGUUUCAGUCUCCAUAUGGUUACAAAUGGUAUGUGCCGUUUGUAUAUGGUGAGAUGGAAGAAGGAGGUAACUUUAUAAAAAACAAAGUAUGGCUCAACAUGACACAAGCUGUUGUAAACGUUGACAGUAAUAAGUUGGUGAUUGGUAACUAUGGAAACACUGGAUACUACAGAGUGAACUAUGAUUUGUCCACCUGGCAGAAAAUAACACAACACCUGAUGAAAAACCAUAAGGUUUUCUCUGAUGGGGAUAGAGCAGGAUUUAUCAGUGAUGCCUUUGAACUCUCCAGAUCUGGGCUUCUCAACAUCACUAUUCCACUGGAAAUGACAAAAUAUCUUGAGAAUGAGGAAGACUUCCUACCCUGGAGUUCUGCCAUAUCAGCUCUGACCUACAUAAAGCAAAGAAUAUAUGACAGGGAUGUGGUCACAAUUUUCAAGAAAUAUGUUUUGAAACUAAUGAAAAAGCAAAUGACUCGAUUGGGAUGGAAAAAGGAGGGAGAUUAUCUUACAAGGCGUCUUCAGUCUUUGCUUAUCAGUGUAGCUGUAUCGUAUGGAGAUGUAAACACAGUGAAGGAGGCAACAGAUCGCUUUAACCAGUGGAUGCAGAACACAGAUAAUAUUGAUCCUGAAUUACAAGGCAGAAUAUUUGAUGCAGGCAUUAUGUAUGGAUCAGAAAAAGAGUGGACGUUUGUGAAGAGCCAGUACUUGACUGUUUUAGUACCUUCAAAGCGGUCACAACUGAUGAAAGCUUUGGCAAAGUCUAGGGACGACUCUCUGCUUAGCAGAUAUCUGCAGUACGCAUUGGACAAUAAAAUCAUUAAACAACAAGAUAUUUCAACUGUCAUAAAGUUUGUCUCAGGAAAUGUUGAUGGUAGGCUGUUGGCAUGGAGAUUUGUGCAAAGAAACUGGUCCAAAUUAAGAAAAUGGUUUGGAGAUGUUUCUUUUACUCUGACUGAUAUUAUUAAGGAUAGUACCAGUGAAUUUUCUACUCCAUUUGACUUGGAAGAGGUGCAACAAUUUUUCAAAGAACACGAUGCUGGGCCAGGAACUCGAGCAGUACAAAUAGCCUCAGAGAAUAUUCAGAUGAACAUCCAGUGGCUAGAGCAGAAUGGACAGACCGUCCAACACUGGCUACAAAGGAACUCGGAAUGAUGCAUGUAGACGACUGAUGGUAUACAACUUCAGACAAGGAGCUUGCAUUGUUAUCCAUUUCAUUCAUGUCUUGUGUUCUUUUUGUUCUCCUGUAAAGGGUAAUACAAUGUAUAUUUUAUUCUUGUGUACCAUACUCUUGUAAAGGGUAAUUUGGUGUAUGUAUGAUCUCUGUAUACUUGUCUAUUAAAAACAGCGUGUAAGUUUCUUUUGAAGAGGCAAAAGCUGUUGAAAUUUGUUAUCUUUGGGAAAAUCAAGGAACUUGUUUGUUAUACAGUUUUAGGGGAAUAUGAGGACUUUAAUAAUUUUGUAAUCACUUUCUUAAAUUUAAUUUAUUACAAUGUAAUUUUAAUCUAUGAACAUUUGAAUAAUGUUUCUUUAAUCAGUAUCUAUAAAUGUAACUAUAAAACUUUUUGACAUUGAAUCUCAUCCAAAUGUUCAUGUAACAGAUGACAUUUAUAUCUUUACCACAUGUAUUUAGCAUAUCCUUACUUUAACAUUUUUUUUAGUUCAAAGUUAAAUUUCCCAGAACAGGAAAAUUUUUAAAAUAAUCUCAUUAGACACUUUUGAUGCAUAUAGCAUUCUCGGUUUUAUUUUGCUCAGAUACUUUCUAGUAUGUCAUGUCCAAUUUGAUUCUGAUGUCUCUGGCUUAGGUUAUAUGUAGAGUUUACAUAUAAUUCAUUGAUUUGUUGUCAUUGUCUUGAAAUGUAGAGGAAAUAUUGUUGCUAAGUGUUGUAAUUUCCUCUUAUCAUGGCUACGUUUUAAUGAUUUCGAACUAAGAGCAUAAAUGAUAUGCUUUAAUUUGUGUUUCUUAUAUGAUAAGAAAAGUUUGACCUAGUAAUUUUGAAAAAAACUGUUUAACAUGAUACUCUUGGAUACUGUCAUAUAAUUGUGCAAUAAGUAUGAAUCAUUUUUAAAAUGCAGUUUUUUUUUUAUCAAAAUUAUGUUCAGUAUAUGUUUAAUAGCUAGGAAAAUUAUUGUUCUAUAAUUGUUGUUAACAUGAUUUUACAGUAAAGUUUAAAUCAUGUUAACAAUAAUUAUAGAUACGGUAUACGGUAUGUCUUUUUUUAGCUUUCAGUGGAUAUUUAGAAAAAUAUGUAUAUGCUUUAUGAUAAUCCUUUACAAAUGACUUAUAGCAAGUUCAUAUUUUAAUGUGCAAUUUAUUUAUACAUGUUGUUUGAUAUUUAGUUUUUGUUUUGUGUUUUUUUUUUCAUUUGUACAUUUUUGUGAAUGCUUUCAAUCAGUUAUGAUAAUCUUUUUUUUACAUUUUGAUUUGUACAAUUAAUUUUCACUUGAAGGGAUAUGUUCAACAGUUCACCCAUAUUAAACAUUCGUUAACUGAUCCAUGUCUGUAACUCUUUCAUUUGAAAAAUGCACCGAUAGCACAGUUUUUAUAUACGCCAGUAUAGGAGUUUGGUAAAUGUGUGGUAUGAAAAAGUAAUUGAAAAGAAUACCCCCGUUUCAAAAGAGAGACAAAUUGUUUUUUGUCUGCCUCCUUCUUAAUUUUGACCGAGCAAUGAAAUACUUUACGACAUUUAAGUCUGCAAACUCAGAACAGGGUAAAUGAUGCAGUUACCCACUUAUUUAUUUUCUAUUUACCUUUACCUAUAUUUUAUUUCAAGAACAUUCACACAAAAGUAUUUAUAGCCAAGCAAUAAUUCCAUAACCUUUUGACAUUUAAUGUCAUGCUAGCUUUAACAAAUGUACCGUAGAUAAAAUAAUGACUGGUUGCUCCCAUCAAAGGUUUUUGACAAUGUACAUUUUUCAUUUAGAAUGUCAAUUUAAAAUAUUUUGGUUAUUCAGUUGUAUUAACAGUUAUAUUUUUAUGUAUGUACGUUGUCAUGUGUUAUUUUUAAAUUUAAAAAAAUCAUGGGUUA